AUGAGCUUUAAUGAAAGCUUAGCCCUUUCCUAUAUGAGAGCAUCAGUUUACAAUAGAUCUAAUAUGGCUUUUGCUCCUGAAGAUCCUGAAAUAACUCGCGAACCAAUUAUUGCUGUCCAGGAACAUGACCUCGUUAUUAUUACUUGUCAGUCAUCCGGUGGAAAUCCUCCACCAUUAUUUACUUGGUUUUUCAGCAACAGUACAGCAGUUCCUAAGGAUUGGUAUCAAACUAAAUCAGCAUCUUCGCGAAAUGAGUCGUCCGUUUCAGAUCUACAAUGGCGAGUUUCAGCUCGAGAUCAUGGUACUUAUUUAAUUUGCCAAAUCACAAAUAAAGCUUUAACGGAUGGGACUUUCAAAAAUGCCUCCACAAAGCCCUUGAAUGUCCUUUACGCACCUAGGGUUACAGCAGGUCCGGUUCACGAAUAUAAUGUUGAAGAAGGUGAUGAAGUCAAACUUAUAUGUGUUGCAGAUGGUAAUCCAUCUCCAUCAGUGUUUGAAUGGUACCAUGUUACAACAGGUGAACGGCAUCCGGAUGCAGCCUGGAAUUUUGUGGCAAAGAAGAGAUAUUCGGGUGAAUUCAGAUGUAUGGCAGUGAAUUCAGUUGAUAGUGGAGUUGAUAAACUGGAUUUAAAUGUCCUUUAUGCUCCAGUAAUCAGAGUUAAAGAAAUAAUCAAACCAGCAGAAGGUGAUUCAGUUACUCUUGAAUGUCUAAUCGAUGCAAAUCCAGCCACUGAUAAUGUGACAUGGCUUGACCCCAGUGGAGUUCUAUAUAAUGGAGCGAAUUUAGUGAUCAGUUCAGUUAAUAGGUCACAUUCUGGUAAUUAUACUUGCUCCGCAAGUAACAAUUUAACAGUUUUUCAACAAAAAAAUAAGCCGAUAUAUAUUCGCACUUCGGAAGCAAUUUCUGUACUUGAUGUACAACAUCGACCUGGCCAAGGCAUAAUCGAAGCGACUCAAACAAUCAUAGAAGUUGGUGGAAGAACUACCCUCACUUGUAACGCAGCAGAUAGAGGUAGCCCACCUGCUGAAUAUCGAUGGGCAACACCGAAAGCAGGUGGCGCAUAUAGCGAUUAUAAUUCAUCAGUUUUAGAAGUUGACCAUGCCACGCUCACAGACAAUGGUGAAUAUCGUUGUAUGCCUCAUAAUAUUAUAGGCAAUGGUAUCGAAGGUGUCAUCGUACUGCAGGUGAUUGAAUUGGCGAAGAUCACUCAUUCUUUGCCUGACAACCGAAUUUUUAAUAUUGGUGACUCGUCUGUUUCAUUAACAUGUAAAGCUCAGGGAUAUCCUACACCUGUAUUUCGCUGGUUCAAAGAUGAUGUUGAGAUAAAGGAAAUUCAUGAUUCGAAAUGGAUUAUUAAUUCGGAACAGCGCGACAACAGAUGUGUUUCGGGUGAUUUUUGUUCAGUUGCAAUUGUAUCGACAUUAAGAUUUGUCGAUACAUUGGCAUGGAAUGAUAAAGGUAAUUAUUCAUGUGUCGCUGAAAAUGGAUUUCAAAUGAAAGCUGCAUCUAGUUGGGCCAUCGUUAGCAUAAUCCAUGAACCAGUCAUCCUUAAUGAACGUUUUCCAGUUGAAUCGUUGGCUGCUUUUAAUGUUGGAUCAACGGCACGUCUAGUUUGCAUUGUUUCUGCAAGGCCUGAGCCUCAUUUCACAUGGAUUAGAAAUUCAACAGAAAUUCAUGAUGGUGACAAUCGCUAUUCCCUUCGUAAAACAAAAAUAUUAACAAAAAUAGAUGAAUUUCAUUCGACAUUAGAAAUAUCUGAAUUGAAUCCGAAAGACUAUGGUUCAUAUAUGUGUCGUGCUACAAAUGGUCUUGGAUCAAAAGCUGAAUUAGUUAUUUUGCUGCAGUCAAAAUCGAGACCAUAUAUCCCUCGAAAUGCUCGCAUAAUUUCUUCUGGAUCUUCGUGGUUUAUAAUUGGAUGGCAUGAAGGAUUUAAUGGUGGCUCGCAGCAAAAUUUUCAAAUAGAAUUUCGAAAAGUAAAUCCAUGGAAAAAUAGUCCAGAUGGGAUUGAACCAAAAAUCUAUAAUGUUAAAUUGCAUAAUAUUACCCAUACGACAUUUUAUGAAGUCAAUAGGCGAUCUUAUCUUCCAAUUACUUUUCUAAUUUUUAAUGUGAGUGGUUUAACUCCACUUAGUUCUUACUGGGUGAGGCUUCGUGCCAAAAAUGUGCUUGGCGAAAGUGAAUGGACGCCAAUUAUAACAGCAACAACAGUGGAUGCUCAGGAAGUAACUGAAAUAAAUCCACCUCAUUCGCUAGAUUACGACAAAAAAGAGGAGCAAAUAAAAUAUCAGCCAAAAGAAAUAAAGCGAAAUCUUUGUUUAUUAUUGUUGUUAAACACGGAUCAUAGCUAUGGAAUAAAUGAAAAUGAUAAUGGUGAAUGGCGAGCAGUUGGCUGUUUUUCCGAGAAUCCUAUAAAAAAUAUACAACAUUCUAGGAGAUUUAAAGCUCGUCUUUGUUACAAAAAUAACACAUCGUUAUGCUCUCAAACUUCAGAAAUUAUCUCUGUAUCUUCUAUAUUCUCAGCGCCUUGGAUUUAUGUUAUACCUUUGAUAAUCGCUGGGAUAAUUUUCGUUUUUUCUGUGCUUUUAAUAACAAUGCGUUGUCGAAAUAGACGAGUUGUUUCGACUAUUUUAAAGAAAAAUCAAAAUUAUAUAGCAAGUGAAAGGAAGCCAAAUGUAAGUGCUCCAUUACCACAGUCGGAUACUAAAGAAACUAUCGUUCAUGGCUCACAAACUGAUAGUGGAAUAUUCACUAUAUCUUCAGUACCAAAUGGUAAAUCACCAUUACAGCCAAUGCCAUCUUGCUGUCAUCCAUAUCCACCAAAUUAUAUUUAUGCUGCUGAUAAUUGGUGUACUGUUGAUAAUGCUUAUGAAUUCAAUGAGAGUCCGUAUAAUAAAGAUUGCAAUCAAUUCAUUCCGGAGCAGGAUUAUCAUUUGUCACCUGCCACACAAGCCAUUAGCAAUAUAUAUUGCUCAAGAUUUUCACCGACAAAUGAAAAGCAAUUCAAUGGUGCAGUAAAUCAGUCGUCAAGUGAUCCUGAUGAUAGUGAUGGUGCGUCUUAUAUAGCAAGUGGUAGUCGAAGAGAAAGUUUGGAAAAAAUGGAAAAAAAUCCAUUAAGUUUGAUUAAUAUUGAGUUAGAUGGGCGUCGAAUUAAUGUUUGA